ACAAAGAAGCUGCAGAAACAGCCAGGAAAACGAAGAGCCCUCACGUUAUAACACAGAGCCCCCUACCAGAGUUCUCUAAGAUAUUCUGCCAGGUACAACUUGACGGAAACUUUCCACCUGACUUUUACUUCCUACCACCACCAUGACUGAGAUCACUGCUGAAGGAAAUGCAUCUACAACCACAACUGUGAUAGACAGCAAAAAUGGAUCUGUGCCCAAAUCCCCUGGAAAAGUGCUGAAGAGGACAGUCACAGAAGAUCUCGUGACAACCUUCAGCUCUCCUGCAGCCUGGCUCCUGGUCAUCGCUCUGAUUAUCACGUGGUCAGCAGUUGCCGUUGUUAUGUUUGAUUUAGUGGAUUACAAAAACUUUUCAGCAAGCUCUAUUGCCAAGAUGGGCUCAGAUCCUCUAAAACUUGUGCAUGAUGCUGUGGAGGAAACCACGGAUUGGAUCUAUGGCUUCUUUUCUUUGUUGUCUGACAUCAUCUCAUCUGAUGGUGAUGAAGAAGAUGAUGAAGGGGAUGAGGACACUGCUAAAGGAGAAAUAGAAGAGCCUCCCUUGAAAAGAAAAGACAUACACAAAGAAAAGAUUGAAAAACAGGAAAAACCUGAGAGGAAAAUACCAACUAAAGUGGUACACAAAGAAAAAGAAAAAGAAAAAGAAAAAGUAAAGGAGAAAGAAAAACCUGAGAAGAAAGCAACUCACAAGGAAAAACUUGAGAAAAAAGAAAAACCAGAAACAAAGACAGUGACAAAAGAGGAGAAGAAAGCUCGAACUAAAGAAAAGAUUGAAGAAAAGACUAAGAAGGAAGUGAAAGGUGUGAAACAGGAGAAAGUGAAACAAACGGUUGCAAAGGCAAAAGAAGUACAGAAAACACCGAAACCCAAAGAGAAGGAAAGCAAAGAGACUGCUGCUGUUUCAAAACAAGAACAGAAAGAUCAGUAUGCAUUCUGUCGAUAUAUGAUUGACAUAUUUGUCCAUGGGGAUUUAAAACCAGGACAAAGCCCAGCCAUACCCCCUCCAUCACCGACAGAACAAGCUUCUCGACCUACUCCAGCAUUACCUACUCCUGAAGAAAAAGAAGGAGAAAAGAAGAAAGCUGAGAAGAAAGUUACCACUGAAACGAAAAAGAAAGCAGAAAAAGAAGAUGCCAAAAAGAAAAGUGAGAAGGAAACUGACAUUGAUAUGAAAAAAAAAGAACCAGGGAAAUCUCCUGAUACCAAACCAGGGACUGUAAAAGUCACAACACAAGCAGCCACUAAAAAGGAUGAAAAGAAGGAAGAUUCCAAGAAAGCAAAAAAACCUGCAGAAGAACAGCCCAAGGGAAAAAAACAGGAAAAAAAGGAAAAACAUGAAGAACCAGCAAAAUCAACAAAGAAGGAGCAUGCGGCUCCAAGUGAAAAACAAGCAAAAGCAAAAAUCGAAAGAAAGGAAGAGGUUAGUGCUGCCUCAACUAAAAAAGCUGUACCUGCAAAGAAGGAAGAGAAAACAACCAAGACAGUGGAGCAAGAAACUAGAAAAGAAAAACCUGGCAAGAUUUCUUCAGUUCUGAAGGAUAAAGAACUUACAAAGGAGAAAGAAGUGAAGGUUCCAGCUUCCCUCAAGGAAAAAGGAUCUGAAACUAAAAAAGAUGAAAAGACAUCCAAACCAGAGCCACAAAUCAAAAAAGAAGAGAAACCAGGCAAAGAAGUCAAACCUAAACCUCCACAGCCACAAAUCAAAAAAGAAGAGAAACCGGAACAAGACAUAAUGAAACCCGAAAAGACUGCUUUGCAUGGCAAACCAGAAGAAAAAGUUCUAAAGCAGGUAAAAGCUGUCACAACAGAAAAACAUGUCAAGCCAAAACCAGCAAAAAAAGCUGAGCAUCAAGAAAAAGAACCUCCAUCCAUAAAAACAGACAAACCAAAAUCUACUUCAAAGGGAAUGCCAGAAGUCACAGAAUCAGGAAAGAAGAAAAUUGAAAAAUCUGAAAAAGAAAUUAAAGUUCCAGCAAGAAGAGAGAGUCAUCAACUGCAAAAUGUGACAAAAGCCGAAAAACCUGCAAGAGGAUCAAAAGAAGGCUUUGAAGAUGUCCCAGCUUCAAAGAAAGCUAAAGAAGAAGCUGAAGAGGUAUCUUCUACAAAGAAGCAAAAGAGUCCCAUCAGUUUCUUCCAAUGUGUGUAUCUAGAUGGAUACAAUGGUUAUGGAUUUCAGUUUCCUGUCACUCCUGCACAAUACCCUGGAGAAAGCUCUGGCAAAUCAAAUUCUCCAGGACCGAAGCAAUAAGGACAGUAGAGACACAUGAACAACCUGUAUAAGUUCUUUAGGUUUUUGAAAAUGGUAUCUUCUGUUUUGUCUACAAGUGCAAUUGAAAUCAUGUGAUGCAGAGAAUUUCUUGGAAAACAUUUUACUCUUCGCCUGAUGUAGAAAGGAAGUGUGCAUAAAUAAAUUGAAUAACAAGCCAAAAAUGUUGAUGGGUUUGAUGCUCAAGGAUCUAUUAUUAGCAUUUGCUGCUAUGGGAAAGGGAUGCUUGUAUUUUUCUGUUUCUGCUCAUUGUAAGAUCGUACUUGAAUUAGCUUAAGAUUAAUAAUAUCAGUCUUUUAAAUGUAAUUUUCACAAUUACAAAACAAAAUUCCUUGUUUCAGUUAGAUAUUUUUAAAUGAUAACAUGGACUAUGAGCUAAAAAUGUACAGGAACUUAUAAGAGCAACUUCUUUGUGAGCAUGUGGGUAUUUUACUCAAAUUACCCAGUAAGUUGAUCUUAACUGCUUCAUUUUAUUUAGGUUUAUUUCUAUUAUAUUUGUGGCUAUACUAUAAAAUAGGCAAUAGUUACAACAAAAGUGCUGUAAGUUCCUGGUGAAACUACUUUACAGCUCAAAAUACUUCUGAAUUUUAUAAAGGAUAAGAUGGAGAAUAACUGACAAAUCUUACUUCUAAGAUUUGUCAUGAACUGCAGUUAGGAAUUUACUCUUGUGGAAACAACCGAUUAAGUCCAGCAAAUCUGGUGAAUCAUUUGUUUAAAAUAUAAGCAAAUUAGAAGUGGAAUUUUCAGAUUUCUCCAAAGUGGACCUUAACUAAAGUGUCACUUGAUCAAAAUUUUAGAUCAAUCAGUAAAUUUGGAUGACAAAUAAAAAAAUCUUUUUAUUUCAUAUUAAUGCAUUCUUUCUGUGAAAUUAAAUGUUAUUCUUCCUCAAAAUGGAAAAUAUGAAUGCCACAGAAGUUUGAGGAAGACAUUUUAAUGAUAAGCACAUUCUUGAAGUUUCUUACUUAUUUAGUCAUCAGUGCCAAUAAAAUGGAUGGCAAUUUAUAAUCUACUUAUGAGUCAUCACUGGUAUGACUAUUUUGGUUCUGUCAUCUUUCUAGUGAUAAAAACACUCUUGUUCUUUACUGAACUUUUCUAUAAACUCUAAAAUUUAUGUCUCUGUGACAUUUUCUCAUGUUUACAGUUGCAGUUGAACUUAUGACAAAAGAACUCAGGAAAUAAUUGAGUUAUCCUUUCUGGUAUUAUAAUUAAUUAAGUUCAGCAAGGACUGAGCUUGCCAGAGCCUCCUCUAGCCAAGUGAUUUAUUCUCAAGGACUGCCACCAAUCAUGGUACUUCAGGUCCAAGACACAGUUUUACUAAAAAUCAUUAGGCUGGAGCAUUAGUAACAUAUUCAUAAUCAACAAUGGAUUUUUGUGAAAGAAGUUGGCCUUGGCUGGAUGCUGGUGGAUCUAAUUCACUCCACAAGAGCCAACAUAACAAAGAACCAGGCUAAUGACACUUUAUCAUGGGGGCAACCUGGAAGUGUACAAUUUCAGGACUGACCAGAUGAUACCAUCUUACAAAGCCCUUUCAUGUAGUGAUAUUAAUUUAUGGCUAGGACAGUGGAUAAAGUUCAUGCUCAACCACUCCUCCACGCCUACUCAAUAUUAUGGGUAAAAGAAUUGAGAACAAACUGUAUGAUAGCUGUUCUAGAUUUUUGUAGAACAGAAUACUUCAUCCAUUAAUUCUACCAUUCUAUGACUAUUUUUUGAGAACUUACUCUUUGUCAAAUGCUGUGUUUCGCACUGGAAAAAUACAAAAUAAAUUCUAUUCCCAGUGCUAUCCUGACACAAUGUGUGACUUUGGAAAACUUAUUAAACAGACUAUGUUUGUUUCUCUAUGUGAAAAAUAAGGAUAUGAAGGUAAACAGCCUAAUACUUCAUAGAGGUACUGUUGAGAUUGAUAAAAUACCUUGUCAUAGAUAUGACAUUAAGACAUUUCUGAAAUAUAUUUUCAGAUAUGGCACUAAUUUUCCUGCUGAGUGCUUUUCUAUAUUACAUUCUUGUUUCUUUCAUUCUCAUUAUGAAAAGUAUUUGAUACAAAGUAAAAAAUGACAUGCUUUCAUUGUAAUUAGAAUUAAGACAAAGCAAAUAUAAUGUAAACAACAUUAAUAACUGUUAAGUUUUAUCUGAUUAGCAUUAGAAUGAUGGUAGCAUUUUAAAAUAUUAUCUAAAAUGUCAUAUGUUUGUAUGUUUCCAUGAAUAAAAUAUUUCCAGUCCUUUCAAAUUUGCUUCUUUGCAAUUUAAAAAAGAUAAAUGAAUAAGAGUCAUUGUCUUUAAUAGUUC